ACAUAAGUUUGUGUAUGUCAAAAUAGCAUAGACUAACCUCAGCUCAGUUUCCAUCAAUGUCAAAGUAACGCUAAUACUGCUACAACUCACCUUCGCCAAAUUCAAAAUUUGUCAAUCCAUAAAUCGCCCGCCCAAACGCACGCCACACCAUCUCAUCUCCUAAUUUUGAAAUACUAUUUCUUUUUUCAUCUGUCUCUGGUUUCAACCUCUUUCAGCAAUACCCAUACCCUAACUAGGGAUUCUAAAUCAUCAAUUUCCCAUUUUUUGGGAUUUAUUUUCAAUUCCCCAUUUCUUGAUGGCAAACUCCGAUCCUCCUCCUCCUCCUCCUGCUGCCCCUCUCUCUGCAAGAAAAGAGAAUGUGACACCGGCUAGCUCUAAAAUCGCGGAAUUGACAGAAUCAAGGCAAGAGCUGCUCACUAGGAUUCAGAGCUUGAAAACGGAUCUUCAAAGCUGGAGAUCAAAGUUGGACGGCCAAGUAAAGGUCUAUCGUGAUGAAUUGUCGGAGCUCAAGAAAUCGCUGAAUGUUGAAGUGGACCAACUGAGAUCCGAAUUUCAAGAGUUAAAAACAACUCUUCAACAACAGCAGGAAGAUGUCACUGCCAGCUUAAGAAACUUAGGGCUUCAGGAUGUCUCAGAAGAAACAAAAGAGGCAGAAGAUGCCAAGCCUAAUAACGAUGAAGAGAAGAGUCAGGAGGAAUUGCCAAAGGACAGUGGUAAAGAUACUGAGCAGUAGACUGAAUUAUGCACAUCCUUUCCCUAAACUCAUCUUCUCCGAUGAGAUAUGCUGGGCUUGUGUGUUAGGUUAAGAAGUGUUCUAUUUUCAUCUAUAUGAGAUCAAAUCUUUCAUUGAAGUAGGUUUGAUUGAUGACUUCUCUUUUUUCUAGCUGUUAAUUCAAGCAGUUUACUUUUACUGCUAUUGACUUGCAUAGUUUAUGAUGAGGGGUCACAUGCCCUGCCAGUGGCUAGCUAUGUUACUUUUCUCUUA